AUGCAAGAGAACGAGACAAUACCCAUUGAAGAGUCGACAGGCACACCUACAGCGAGUGAUCAGAAUCUGUUGGCGUCUCCUGCAGGAAACGACAAUUUGGUGGGCAAUCGAAGCUCUUUUGACGGACAGCCUAAAUCCAAACUAGUUGAAGCAACAUACGAGCAGAUCGAGCUUACUGAGGAUGAUCAGAUACCAAAGUUUGCGCAUCUAGAGUAUCCGGAAGGAGGGUACGGCUGGGUGGUCGUCUUUGCAUCAUUCAUAACGCAGUUCUUUUGCAUCGGAUUGCAAUACUGUGAGGGACUAUUCCAGAGAGAGUACUAUGCUCAAGGUCUAGGAACGAAUUUUCAACUCGCCUUCAUUGGAGGACUUGCAAAUGCUCUGGCGCUGGGAUUGGGAGUCUUUACUGGUGCAUUAGCUCAGAGAGUAGGAUUCAGACCGGUCAUAUUUGCUGGUGCAAUUCUGUCUGGUGCUGGAUUUUUCUUGGCGGGAUUCGCUACGUCGACGUGGCAGCUGUUUCUCACUCAAGGUGUAAUAACGGGUCUUGGCUGGUCAUGUGCAUUCACUCCCGUGGCUACUGUUGUGUCUCAAUGGUUCUCGAGGCUCAGAGGGACUGCAACUGGUUUAGCUGUUGCUGGCGGUGGACUUGGUGGGUUUCUGAACGCCAUCAUAAUCCAAAAGCUCAUAGAGACACAGGGUGUGCCAUGGACAUUACGAAUUCUAGGAAUCGCACAAUUCGUCUCGCUUUCGUUAGCGGCCUUCUUGGUCAAGACUCGUGUUCCGCCCACCAAAAAGAUUAAUAUUGAAUUGGAUUUGUUUAAGAAUCUCAAGUUUGUUUUUUUGUUUAUGUCUGGUUUGCUAGUUACUUUUGGCUGGAUGACACCGGCCAUUUAUAUACCGCAAUAUGCCACGCAGAUCGGAUUAGAUGCUGGGCAAGGAGCUUUGGUGAUUGCGAUUUACAAUAUAUCGAGUUUCUUUGGGCGUAUAAUACAGGGCGUUCUGGCAGAUCAACUCGUCGGAAGAGUCAAUUCUCUCGUAAUAGCGGGAGCCAUUUCCUCACUGUCUAUUCUCUUUAUAUGGCCCUUUGCAUACAAUUUUGGAACGCUUAGCGUGUUUAUGGCCGUAAACGGAUUCGCCGCAGGUGGAUACAUUGCUUUACUACCAGUUGUUGCUGCUCAGAUGUUUGGUGCAGAGAAACUUGCUGCUACAGCUGGAAUGCUGUACUCGUCGUUCGCACCUGGAUUCUUGACUGGUACUUCUAUAAGUGGACUCAUACUGGAUCACGGACGAGGAGCUAAUGGAGAUACGGACUACAAACCAGGAAUAAUAUAUGCUGGUGUUGUCAUUGCUGCUGCUACUCUAUGUGCUCUGAUUGCACGAUUACUGGCACAACCAAAGAUAUUUGCUAAAUUCUGA